UCCUGCAAGAUGAUGAGUUCUAAUCAGGAGGAGGUCACUUUGGGCGCUUUUCUCCAGUAUAUUGAAGAUAUGGGGAUGAAGGCCUAUGAUGGCUUGGUUAUACAGAAUGCAUCAGACAUUGCUCGAGAGAAUGAUCGCAUGAGGAAUGAAACAAACCUGGCUUACUUGAAAGAAAAGAGUGAAAAACGCCGAAAACAAGAAGAAGCAAUAAAACGCAUAGGUGGAGAAGUAGCAAGAGGAAAUGAAGGCAGCUACGUGGGGAAACAUUUCCGCAUGGGAUUUAUGACAAUGCCUGCUCCUCAGGACAGACUGCCACACCCCUGCUCCAGUGGCUUCACUGUCAGAUCCCAGUCUCUUCAUUCAGUUGGAGGAACAGAUGAUGAGAGCAGCAGCUCUCGAAAGCAGCCACCUCCAAAACCGAAGCGAGACCCCAACACCAAACUGAGCACCUCGUCUGAAACAGUCAACACUGGAACAACAAGCAAAAGUGGGAAACUACCAGACAGGACUGAAGUGUCAGCCAAACCAAGACCUCACAGUGAUGAGUACACAAAGAAGAUUCCACCUCCUAAGCCGAAACGAAACCCAAACACUCAGCUAAGCACAUCUUUUGAUGAAACUUAUAUCAAAAAGCAUGGCCCUAUGAAGUCAACCCUCACUAGGGAUGCCUCGCUCUCACAGGUCAGCAGUCCUGCUCCAGACACAGAGGAAGAAGAGCCUGUUUAUAUUGAAAUGGUUGGGAAUAUUCUCAGAGACUUCAAAAAAGAUGAGGAUGACCAAAGCGAAGCGGUCUAUGAGGAGAUGAAAUACCCUAUAUUUGAUGAUGUAGGCCAAGAUUCAAAAUGUCAAUGUGAAUAUGACCAUCACACUUGUUCUUCUCAGUGUGCUACUCCCACAGUGCCUGACCUAGAUUUCACCAAGUCUCCAGUGCCAUCUACUCCCAAGGGCUUGCUUUGUGACAUACCCCCACCAUUUCCAAACCUGCUUUCUCACAGACCUCCACUGCUGGUGUUCCCACCAGCACCAGUGCAGUGUUCCCCAAAUUCUGACGAGUCUCCUCUAACUCCACUAGAGGUCACAAAGCUUCCCGUCUUAGAAAAUGUGUCUUACAUCAAACAGCAAGCUGGAGCUUCUCCAUCUUCACUGCCACCUCAUACACCAGGCCAUCAAAAACUGGAGAAAGAGCAGACAGUAUCUCAUGGAACUAGCACCCCUGGGCACACCUCCUCACCUCCUCAUCCUUCUACCUUAUACAGAACGCAGUCUCCACAUGGUUAUCCUAAAAGUCACUCUGCCUCACCUUCUCCUGUCAGUAUGGGUAGGUCUCUUACCCCCUUAAGCCUCAAAAGACCUCCACCUUAUGACUCUGUACAUUCAGGAAGUCUCUCAAGAAGCUCUCCAUCAGUGCCUCAUUCUACAGCCAGAAACACAUUGCAAGAAGGAGGAAAGAUGGUCAGUGUCUCAGUCAGCACCUAUGGGUCAUCAUCUCAGAGCAGUUCCCGUUCUCGGACACCCACCAGUCCUCUGGAGGAACUAACCAGCCUCUUCACCUCAGGACGAAGUCUCCUGAGGAAGUCCUCCAGUGGCAGAAGAUCUAAGGAACCUGCAGAAAAACCACUAGAUGAGCUGAAGAUCAGAAGUCACAGCACUGAACCACUACCAAAGCUGGAAAACAAAGAGAGAGGACACCAUGGGACAGCUUCCUCUAGGGAGCCAGGGAAAGCUCAGGAAUGGGAUGGAACGCCAGGCCCCCCUGUGGUGUCCAGCAGGCUGGGGAGAUCCUCUGUCAGCCCAACCAUGCUGGCUGGAGGCAACAGCUCAGAGUCUAAAUCAAGUUGCCGGUUGGGCCGGUCCGCGUCCACGUCAGGAGUGCCUCCUCCGUCUGUGGCGCCGCUCAGGCAGCCCAGCGACCUCCAGCCGAGCCAGGUGACUUGCAUGCAGUGGUUGCAAGGGGACCAUACGAUGCUGGACAUGAUUGAAAAAAAGCGCUGCCUCUGCAAAGAGAUCAAAGCUCGACAGAAAUCAGAGAAAGGACUCUGCAAACAGGACAGCAUGCCUAUUUUGCCAAGUUGGAAAAAGAAUGCCGGGACCAAGAAAUACAGCCCUCCUCCUUAUUCCAAACAACAGACUGUUUUCUGGGACACUGCAAUUUGA